CCCUCAAUCGUUAAAAAUAACGAUAUGAAUAUGAUGUAUACGACGGACAAAAUGAUGAGCAGUAAGGGCUUACAUGGAACGCCAAUAUCAGCACCGAGUUGCUUUCCUUCAGGCAGGUAUUCACCGCCUCCGUAUCGUGCAGCUUCCGAUCCUAUGGUGCCACCUCCACGACGUUGUAUGCCCAAUCCUACGAGUCGAAUACUGGAAGAUGCAUCAAUCAUGUGUAAUUCUUGGUCACCGAGGCAUAAUGGGGACAUAUUUGGUGGACUGAACAGUGGCUUGCAGGAUGGAUUAUUAUCGAGAGCUGAAGCGUUAGCUGCUGAUCUUGGCAAACAUAACGGUGGCACGUCGAUGCCCUUGAAGCAUGACCCUGUCUCAGUCUAUCACCAUGGGACUCACAUGCCCGGUCCCCAUCCGAACAAUCGACCACACCAUCAGGUACAGACUUAUUAGUAUAUAUAUAUAUAUAUGAGCCAUCCUAGUAUGGACUCCCUCGACAUGAUGGACCCUGCUAAUUCAAUGACAACUCUCACACCUAUGUCUGAGGGUGCUACUGGGGGCAGUGGAGGAAGUGGAGGUGGAAAUAAUCCUGGGCACCACGGUAGCAUCCACGGGCCCUCUGUGUACGGGAGUAUGAAUGGUAUGAUGAGCCAUCACCAUCAUCACGGUCAAAUUGGUGGUAGUGUGCCUCAUCCUCACCAUCAUCCUGCAAUGGCAGCUGCAGCAGCAGCAGCUGCUGCAGCUGGACUUCAUCCUGACGCAGAUACUGAUCCACGAGAACUUGAAGCUUUCGCCGAGCGAUUUAAACAGCGACGUAUCAAACUUGGUGUCACGCAGGCCGAUGUCGGCAAAGCAUUGGCCAAUCUUAAAUUACCGGGAGUUGGUGCUCUGUCGCAAUCGACAAUAUGUCGUUUUGAAUCGUUGACAUUAUCCCACAAUAACAUGAUAGCUUUAAAACCGAUAUUGCAGGCAUGGCUUGAAGAAGCUGAAGCCCAAGCUAAGAAUAAGAGAAGAGAUCCAGACGCGCCUUCCGUUUUACCGGCCGGAGAGAAAAAACGCAAACGUACCAGUAUUGCAGCUCCUGAAAAGAGGUCUUUGGAGGCUUAUUUUGCUGUACAGCCAAGACCAUCGGGAGAGAAGAUUGCUGCGAUCGCGGAAAAGCUUGAUUUAAAGAAAAAUGUGGUGAGGGUCUGGUUCUGUAAUCAACGUCAAAAGCAGAAGCGUAUGAAAUUCGCUGCUCAACAUUGACCCGAGGCUAGCUUGUGACAGCAAAACUGACUGUACCAGCCGCCAAGCCUCGAACCCAAGCCUGAGCCACUCAACGAAUAUCAGGGCUGGCCCUGAAUUUGUUGAUGGUAAUUAAGCUUUCACAAAAUACGUCAUUUU